AUGCAAUAUGUGGCAGAAGUAAGAAAGGGGAACGUCACCACGGUGACGGAAUUCAUUCUACUGGGAUUGCCCAACCACCAGGAGCUGGAAGUGCCUCUCUUCUUCAUUUAUCUGGUUUUUUAUAUUGUUACCGUGAUGGGGAACAUCCUCAUCAUCCUUAUCACCAUGGACCCAGCUCUCCACACCCCCAUGUACUUCUUUCUCCGGGUCUUAUCCUUCCUGGAGAUUGGAUACAUCUCGGUCACCGUCCCCCGGAUGCUGGUGAACUUUCUCUCAAAGGACCGAACCAUUUCCUACACGGGGUGCGCAGCCCAAAUGUUCUUCCUGCUCUUCCUUGGGAUCUCCGAGUGUUUCCUUCUGGCCUCCAUGGCCUACGACCGCUAUGCGGCCAUAUGCCACCCGCUGAGAUACCACCUCAUCAUGAACAAAAGGGUCUGCCUGGCCUUGACCGUUGUCUCCUGGUUCGGUGGUAACGUGCUGUCACUCAUACAGACCAUCUGGGUUUUCACCUUGCCCUUCUGUGGGUCCAACCAGAUCAAUUAUUUCUUCUGUGACAUCCCCCCGUUGAUUAAGCUGGCUUGCACCGACACCUCCUUGUACGAACUGCAAUUGUUUACGAUUACCAUGCUGUGCAACUUCACUCCAUUUUGUCUCAUCCUUGUCUCCUACAUUGUUAUCAUCUCCACCAUUUUAAAGAUGGCCUCGGCUGAAGGCCGACAAAAGGCCUUCUCCACCUGCUCCUCCCACCUCAUUGUGGUGACGUUGUACUACGGCAGCAGUUGCCUGAUCUACUUAAGACCCAAGUCCAUGACCUCUCUGGAAAGCAACAAAGUACUCGCUCUAGUGUACACGACCUUCACCCCCAUUCUCAACCCCGUCAUCUACAGCCUGAGGAACAAGGAGGUGAAAGGGGCGCUGUGGAGACUUUUCGGGGGUGGGCUGAGAAGAUAA